UAUCUUGGUUUGGAAACGAAUCAUUCAACAGACACCAAGUCCUUUUGGAUGGUACAAGUGACUCCACCAACUUUCCCGCCGACCCUCGUCGAUCUUAGCAGAAAUGCAUCUGUCAUAUCAUCAUCCUCCGAAACUGACAUCCCAUCUGAUUCACAAAAGUCUUCCCGCCCACGACCAGCACGUACUUUCUCUUCCCCACGUUCGCAAAGUCCACAGACCAGAACUGUUACUCCCUCCCGACCUCCAAAUUAUCUCACUCGUGAACUCGGAGUAUCCAGCCAUCAAGAAUUUCCACAACUUCAACAGCAGACCAAGGAGAGGAGUAAGAGUAGGAAGAGAUCACGAGAGGCAAGUCGGGCGAGGAGUGCAAAUGGUAGAUUGGGAGCUCAGGAAUUUUCUUUUGGAGACACCCUUGGAGAAGGAUCUUACUCGACGGUGAUGCGUGCACGGUAUAUCAGAACUGGUCAGGAAUACGCUAUCAAGAUCCUCGACAAGAAUCAUCUCAUUCGAAAGGACAAGAUGCUCGUUGCCCUCGCAGAGAAGAACGUCCUCGUCAAACUGGGUGCCGGUCACCCCGGUAUCAUACACCUACACUGGACCUUUCAGGACGAGUGGAGCCUAUUCUUCGUCCUUGACUUGGCACCCAAUGGGGAGAUGCAGUCUCGCAUAUCACGCCUCGGCUCCUUAAGCCUCACCUCCUCCAGAUAUUACGCAGCACAGAUCGUCGAUGCACUGGAGUAUAUGCAUGGGAAAGACGUCAUCCAUAGAGACCUUAAACCCGAAAACCUCCUUCUAGAUGCCCAGUUUCGAAUAAAGAUUACUGAUUUUGGUACCGGAAAGAUAUUAGAGAACGGAGCGGACAGAGCCAAAACAUUCGUGGGCACUGCGCAAUACGUCGCGCCAGAAUUGCUAGAGAGCAACGAGACAAGUAAGAGCUCGGAUCUCUGGGCACUCGGCUGUAUAAUAUAUCAGAUGAUCUCCGGUCGAUUCGCAUUCCAAGGCCUCAGCGAAUACCUCACCUGGCAAAAGAUUAAAUCUCUCGACUACACCUUCCCAGACGGAUUCGACGAAGAUGCCAAGGACCUCGUACGGCGUCUCUUCGUACACGAUCCAACACAACGGCUCGGCGCCGGCGGUCCAGACUCUGCUCAUUCAUACGCGGCACUUCGGGCACACCCAUUUUUCGCGUCUGUAUCAUGGGAGACGCUGUGGACUGACCCUGUACCUCUCUUGGAGGCAGGGCUGUGGAAGAAGGAGGUACAUGCGGCAGAUGAGGUGGAGGAGGGGAAGUGGGAUCAUGUUGGGGAGAUGUGGGAUCGAUUAGUGGGUGGUGAUGCUAACGUGGGUAACGGGAAUGGGGAGGACGAGGUAAAUGGGGAUGGUGUGGGAUGGGCAGGGGACAGUGAGGGAACGAUAUUGCACUCAUUCAAGUCAAGGUAUGCGGAAGAGGGCCCGAUGGGAGAGAUGCCGGAUUAUCUUGUAUGGCAAUCAAGGACGAGUGAAGGGAGGAUGAUGCCGGGGCUGGAAGAAGAUAUAGAUGAGACGCAGACGGUCGUUGGCGAGUACGAGCACGACACUGCAGUACCAGAAAUACAGACCUCUCCUCCACCAACACAGGACGGAGCAGAACCUGUGUCACCAUCAGAAGUCUCUCCUGUCGCUACUGAGAUCAUUCCCCCAGCUAUAUCUAUCCACGUCCUCGGAGUGAACGGAACAGGCUCAGGUUCUAGCUCUUCUGACGGGAGUCCCAUCGUUGAUAGGGUGACAGCGGAUCUCGACGUCAAGAUGAGAAUUAGCCCAGAUACCAAGGCAAAGCUGGAACCAAGCCUAUCGCGUGGACGGAAUCGCGCGCAGACUCCGGUGCAGGGUAACGGACCAUGUCCGAAUGCAGAUUGUUCAAGCCUUCUCUUACCGUCCGAAUGCGUCCUAUUCCAUACACGCGUCGAGGCUCGGUCACCGAAGCGUCGUGGUAGUAAACUACGUCUUCCGAUUAGCGCGAGUCUCACAAAGACGAAGACGCGGCAGCUGGUGCUUACGAACAUGCGGCUGUUAUGCGUGAAGCAGAAGGAGGGUGGUCAAGUGAGCUUGAAGAGUGAGGUUGGGUUGGGCGUGGGAGAUAAGGGCAAGGAGCGCGAGAAGCCGAGAGAAGGGAAGGAGAAAGAGCGGGAUGCAAUCAAGGACUGCAGAAAUGUGAUUGAGAGUGCAGAGCCGAAAGGCGAGCGAGAGUUUGUUAUUUUGACUGUCAGUCCUUUCAGCCCUGUUCUACGUGUUUCACCCUGCUGAUCCUCUGCAUGGCAUGCAGUCUAAUAGAUCACAGACAUAUGCUGCAGAGACGAGCGCUAUGUCUGCGAUGUGGGUGGAGAAGAUCAACGAGGCUCUCGUUCGGGGGAAU